AUUCCCCUUCCUUUGUCCCCGCAGAGGUGGAGGCGGAGGAGGUGCAAGUGGUGGAGGGCUACAACGCGACCCUCCCGUGCACCAUCAACGCGCCUCCCCACGACUCCCCGCUCCUCACCCUGUGGUACCUGGGCGAGGACGAGACCCCAGUGUACAGCUACGACCAGCGGCUGGGUGUGAGCGGCGAGUCGUGGGCGGACCCGCAGGUGUUCCAGGGCCGCGCACACUACCUCGCGCACCUCAGCCCCUGCCAUGCUCAUAAUGCGCGCCACGGUGGACGACGCGCACAUUUACCGCUGCAGGGUGGACUUCCAUAAUUCCAACUCAAGAGUGGCGUGGGUCAAGCUGGAAGUCAUUGUGCCGCCGGAGAGGGUGGAGAUCAUCCCUGAGCGGUCUCCUGUGAAGCCCGGGGACAAAAACGAUGUCGUGUGCCGGGCCGUGGGAGGCAAGCCUCCCGCCAGCGUGGUGUGGGUGCAGGGGGGCCGCGUGGUGGAUCCCAACAGUACCGUGGAAGGGGAUGGGACCUUCAACAGCCUGGAGGUCCCUGCAUCGAGACGGGACCUUUCCAUCCCCUUCAUCUGCCAGGCUUCCAAUAAUGACGUCACGGAGCCCGUCACCGCCUUCUACACGCGUAAUGUUACUUGCGGGCCCGUGAACGUCAAGGUGACAGCCUCCGAGAACCCACUGGUGGAGGGCAGGGAGGCGGAGAUCACCUGCAGGGCCACAGGCAGCAACCCGCCUGCCGUGAUCACGUGGUACAGAGAAGGGCGGACCAUGGAUGCUCAGGACAUUAACGUGACGCGGCAGGACACGGAGACAGUGAGUGUGCUGAGCCUGGUCCCCGCGAGGCAGCAUCACGGGCUCCAGUUGCUGUGUCGAGCAGAGAACCCCUCGCUUCCACUGGCGGCACUCGAGCAAAUCUUCGUCCUUAACGUCGCCUACCGCCCCAAGGCAGAGCUGAGGGUGGAAUGGCCGCAGGAUUUUGAUCUUCUGACGGAGGGAGGUGAUCUGUUCUUGGAGUGUAUGGUGGAGUCCAACCCGGAGCCUUACAAGAUUAAAUUCUUCCAUGACGGACACGAACUGGUGCAUAACGUGAGCAAGAAGAUCCUGGUGACGAAGGCUUCCCUGGCCCUACAGGAGGUCUCCCGCCACACUUCGGGACGCUACCAGUGCCUUGCCUCCAACGUGGAAGGGGACGCGCUCAGUAACAAUCUCACCAUCGCCGUUAAGUACUCGCCUCGCUGCGUCCUCACACCCGGGGUCGUUGGCGCGGCGCUUGGGCAGGUGACCAACGUGACAUGCCGUGUGGAGGCCGACCCCCCUAACGUGACUUUUAUGUGGAGCUUCAGCAAUGCCGCCAGACACUCCAGAAGUCGCCCCAUUGACAAGGAUAUGUACACCACAUCGGGCCUCACCAGCGUGCUACAGUACAAGCCCAGCACGGUGCGGGACUACGGUACACUGUCCUGCUACGCCAACAACACGGUGGGGACACAGCGGGAACCAUGCACCUUCACCCUUGUUACUGCAGGGCCACCAGAAAGGGUCACCAACUGCUCUGUGUUCAACGUGACUUCACACACGGCCGAGGUCAGCUGCUCGCCUGGCUUCAACGGAGGUCUUCCCCAAAGCUUCCUUCACCAGGUUAGGGUGGCGGAUACUGGGCAGGUGCUGUACAACGUGACCUCGGACGACCCAGGCUUCGUGGUCAAGCUACUGGGACCAGGGAGGCAGUAUGAGGCCGUGGUGAUGGCUUACAAUGGGCACGGCAACUCCAGACCAGCCGUCCUGCCGCUUCUUACACUCACGGAGGCCGACAUGCAUAAGAUAUCCUCCGUUCCAGGUCUUCCUUCCCGCCCCAAGCCCCGCCGCCUGGUGUGGGUGCUGGGCGUGGUGGUGGGCGUGGUGGUGGGCGUGGCAGGGGCGGCCGCGGGAGUGUGGUGGGUGCGUGGGCGUGGCAGUUCCCACACCUUGAGGAACCGUGAGGACUGCAUGACCAAGUUACACAAGCCUGACCUAACAGGUAACGGGAGGGACGCAGGGGACGCGAUGGGUGUGAAUGGCGUGGUUCAGCAUACGAUUUACGAUUCUAUGGGCCGGUACCGUGGCUUUGCUCACCUCCAGCAGAACGACAUGUACCAGAAUAGCAUGAUGACUACCUCUGUCGCUGCCACCUCCGCCGCCACCCCCACACCCUCCGCUCCGCCCGCUGAGCCCCCCAGCAGCCUCACCUCCAAAUUCUCGCUCAUCAGGAAGGGAAAGCCAUCCACCACGCCUGCUCCUCCAAUAGACCCAAAGUGCGGAACCGAGGCAAUGAACGGGCGAGGAGUGGGAGCGGGCAUAGGAGGAGGCGGGCUGGGAGACAGAGGAGGAGGCAGCGCUGGGGGAAGCGGAGAGGGAGGAAGUGAAGGAGGAAGAGGUGGAGGUGGAGAGGAGGAAAAGUCCGAAGCACCGUGGCAGAGGGUCAUCAGCCAACUGACUUCCUCGAGCAAUGAGAGCAAGUUCUUCGACGUGUGGCGGAUCACUGGCGUGAGGAGCGCCAAGCAACAAGCCCCGAAUGAGAGCGUCCUAUAAGGCGGGCGAGGGAGAACUGUGUGUGUGUGUGUGUGUGUGUGUGUGUGUGUGUGUGUGUGUGUGUGUGUGUGUGUGUGUGUGUGUGUGUGUGUGUGUGUGUGUGUGUGUGUGUGUGUAGGAACGUUGAGUAUUUAGACGUAUAAUGAAACAGGUGAAGAUAUACGUUGACGGAACUAGUUGAGAGCCUUUUACUGCGAAGGAAUUGAAAGGAAGAAUCUACAGAGAGAGAGAGAGAGAGAGAGAGAGAGAGAGAGAGAGAGAGAGAGAGAGAGAGAGAGAGAGAGAGAGAGAGAGAGAGAGAGAGAGAGAGAGAGAGAGAGAGAGAGAGAGAGGUUUACCUGUCCUAGCGAUACUAUUAAAAUAAAUACUUCCACUUUAUCCCUUUUUUGGAUCAGGAGUUGAAGAAGUUAAAAAAAAAAGAAUAUACCAUUACUAAUCUAGCCUUCCUUCUUCACGACCACCAUCACCCUCCUCCCCAGACCUUCUCCUCGUCCUCCUCUUCCAUUUAUUACUCUUGAGCACCAGUACCUCAGACACGGCAGACUAGUUAACAUAUAUUUUGUGGCCAAGUAGCUUUUGUACAUCGUCUCUUGGAACAGAAAGACGUCCUUCAGUGUAAAUAGAAUACAGAACAAAUAUAUACAGAGAAAAAUAAAUAUAUAUGGAGGAAAGUUUGAGAGAAGGAUGAACUAAUACUGAUAAACUCUACAUGUAUGAAAGAAAAAUAUAAGUGAAAGUGAGGAUCUAUAUAAAUAUUGUGAAGUUAAUCAAAAGUUCUGUCCGCCUUACUCUAAUAGGUGUUGAUGUUAAGGUGAUCAUCAAUCAGUCCUUUCUUACGUUUGUGUGUCUGUGUGUUUGUAUGAAGGUGACGAUGUUUUGGUUACCUGUUGUUGUUGGUUGGUUUUGAUGUGACGGUCCAAGGUGUGUGAGUUUUGUGUUUCUGGAUGUUUUGUGUGUUUUCUGUCCUAUACAAAAUAAAAAGAAAAUGAUGUUUUACUGAAAACAAAUGAUACGAAUUUUUUUCUUUUUAUUAUUAACAUUUGAAAUGAAAUCCUUACUUAAGGUUUCCAGUAGUGUAGCUAACAAAAUACUAAUGGAGAUACAAUGAAAAAAAAUAAAGAAAAGUUAAACGGAAAAAAAUUAUAAGAAACUACAUAUCAAGAUUAAAGUGACUAGGAAUAUGUAUAUUUUUUUCCUGUACUACAUCAGCUUCCGAAGGCUGUCAGGGGUUGGUGUGGGGCUGUCCUGGCGCUGCUGCUCAGGACUGGGCUAUAUUACUCCUUGCUGUGCAUUUGUACAUAACCUGUGCCAAAAUACAUGUAAUAAAUGGUCUAAAAAGUACAUCAUGUGCUCGCCUCACGUACUUA